AUGGGUAUCGAGAGGGCACCCCCGGCGCAAAACUCUCUCUCCUAUUCACGACCGAUCGGCCAACAGGUCGCAGCUUCGGUGGUCCUGCUGGGAGCACUGGUGCACUUGGCGUUGUCGAGGGGCCCGAUAAGCGACGCGAUCGAGAGCGGGUUGGCGGACGCCUACGACAAGGGUAACUGCACCUGGCGCAGGAACUACGAUUGCAACGGCUGCCCCGAUCCCCAGGUCCAUCUGUACUUGUACACGCCAGGGAACCCCGAGCGCAAACUCGAUCCCGCGCACGUGGCCGAUUGGCUCAGACAGGACUACGAGCCCUCCCGGGAGAACAUCAUCUUGAUUCAUGGCUAUGCAGGUGGUAAGGACGCCCUACCGAUGUCGGUCUUGCGUGACGCCUACAUUCAAAACGGCAGCUACAACGUCUUCCUUGUAGACUGGGGUGCUCUCAGUUACGCUCCCUGCUAUCCGGCUGCGGUGUCCAACAUGCGUCCCGUAGCUCGUUGUCUUGCGGACUCGCUGACCGGCCUGCGGAAUCACGGGUUGCCGAUCGAGCGCACGACUUGCGUCGGGCACAGCCUCGGCGGACACAUAUGCGGCCAAAUGGCCUCGUUCCUGCUGUUCCGGAUGAGCCGGAUUAUAGCUCUCGAUCCCGCGAGGCCGCUCAUCAGGCCCGGGCUGGUCAAUCGGCUGGACAGCGGCGACGCCGAUUUCGUCGAGGUCAUACACACCAAUGCCGGAUACUACGGGGAGCUGGGAAAUGUCGGGCACGUGGACUUUUGUAUGAACGGCGGCAAGAUGCAGCCCUUCUGCGAGAACCGCGGCAACGAGCAGCUGUGCAGCCACGUGUGGUCGGUGUGUUACAUGGCCCAGAGCGUGAACGGCGGCAGGGACCUCGUGGCCGAGGAAUGUUCGAGGCGUUGUCCCGCGGGACCGCGGAUAGCAGCUCGCUUGGGCGACACUCUCGUCAUUGGCCAAAACACGCCCAUGGGGACGCGAGGCUCGUUUUGCUUGACCUCCAAAGAGCCGCCCUACUGUCCCAAGUACAACAACGGCCGUGGAGAUGAUAAAUGCUGCCCUUGA